GUGACAUAUUAAAAUGGCGAAAAGCAUGAUGUUGUUGUGAAGAAAUGACAUCAGAAAUGUGCGUUUUGCAGGCGUAAAGAAAGCAUGCGUUCAUGUUUGACGGUGUUGUAUAAAUGUCGUACUAACCAUUUGCGAACUGCAUGAAUGUGGAAUUCCUUUGUUUGCAAUGAGCGGAACUUUGGCGGUGAGCGAAACUGAAUACGAUAGCCAGAAUUUAGAGCCUAGGACCGAAAAGCCUACGUUAUUGGUUCCUGCUUUCCAGUUGCCAGAACUUGUUCACAGAGAACCAGUGAAUAGUGGGCACCAGUCUCAGAACAUCAGUGAUUGGGCAUUUGAUGCAAAUAUGGAGGAAAAGAAUCCAUUUAGUGGCUUUUCUGAGGAACAUCUCAGCAAGUUAGACGAGGUCCUACAGUCGGCUAGUGUCCAAGAGUUACUGCAGCAGUCUGGACCAGACCUGGGACUGCUGAGUCUAGACCAGUCGGACCACCUUACUGCUACGCCCAUUGGUAUCCCUGGUGACGACCAGCAGCCUUCCACUUCAGCUAUGCACGAUGGGGAUGAUUUGUUAGCGGACACCUUAUUAAGUGUGGUGUUCUCAGACCACGGUUACUGCAUGAACCCACUGCGGGCCCCAAAGCCUGCGCCCGUGAUCAAUAUGUCUGUUAAGCCUGCGCCUGUAGUGGUGACCCUAGAGCCAUCCAGCGUGGAUACCCAGCUCUCUAUGCUGCCUACGGCACUGCUGGCGGGAGACUCGGCCUCGGAUGCAGAGCAGGCCGACACUUCUGUGACGGAUGAUUCCCUGUCGUCUCCAAGAAAGUCUGGCCGGGUACCGAUUCGGAGCAAGUUUGCGGAUGAGGAUUGGAUAACGGGAAGUCCAACGAAAGGUCGCGGGCGAGGACGAGGUGCCAUGCUUUCCUCACCAUUUGGAAUGAGUCAACGAUCCAUGCUGUUGACUAGGACCAGUACCCGCAUCAGCGAUGCUAAGCAGCGGGACCUCGCCGAGAAAAUCAUGCUGGCCAAUCGCCAGGCCAUGGAGGCAGAGAAACUGCUGUCAGAGUCUACUGGGUCUGAUGGAACCAUGUCAGACGCCACGUCUCCGGUGAAAUCCCCAGGUAGGGGUCGUGGAAGAGGCAGGCCAGUUCAGUCUCCGAAGGGUGUCAUUCAGAAGUCGUCGCAAGAAGAAGGAGAGGAAAGCGUAACUGAAGAAGUAUCUGAAGACGAAAAACAGGAGGAGGAUAAAGAGUCUGAGAGUGAAAAGGAGGAAGUGGAGAAGAAAAAGAAAAAAUCACCCAAGGGGAAGGAGAAGAAGAAAAAAAAGAAAAUGGGGAAGUAUGAAAAGGACAGUGAUUAUUCAGAAAGUGACAGUGGAAAGAAAGAAAAGAAGAAGAAAGGGAAAAAGGGGAAGAAAAAAGAAGGAAAUGAGAGUGAUGAGAUUGAUGAGGAAGUGGAGAAAGGGAAGAAGAAAAAGAAGAAAAAAGGAGUAAAUAAUAGUGAUGAAAGUGAUGAUGAAUCUGAAGAGAAAGGGAAGAAAGGGAAGAAGUCAGGUAAAGGGAAGAAGAAAGGGAAAGGGAAGAAAAAUAAAAAGGAAAGUAAAAAUGAGAAAGAGGACAGUGAUAAGUCUGAACCUGAAGCGGAGGAAGAAACUAACAAGAAGUCUCCAAAAGGAGGGAAGACAAAAAAACUAACAAAGAAAGAGAGAUUAAAGAAACUUAAAGAGGCUAAAGAAGCUAAGAAGGCCAAAUUACUUGAAAAGAAGAAGGCAAAAUUGAAACAAGGUAAAACUAAAGGGAAGAAAAGUGGAACAGACACAGAAGUGACCCAGUCAGAUACAUCACCGAAGAAAAAGUUGGGAAAAGUUAAGAAAGGUGUGCCUGAUCCAAAGGAAGAAUCCAUUAAAAGUGAUAAGAAGGAGCAGGUUCAAGUGUCACCCAAAAGAGGAAUAGCCGUUGAAUCUGAUGAACCAAAAGAUAGUCAGAAAAAUCUGGUUGGCAAAGCUACAGAGAGUGAAAAGGACAAAUCUGAAAUUUCCAAGACAACUGCAAAAAUGCUGAAUGUGGCAGAUACAGCUGAACCUAAAAAGAUUAUGACUGCUCGAGCUGCAAAGCGGAAGAUUGCGGAAGGAGAGGCCCUCUCACCUGAUAAAAAGACAAAACUGCAGACAGAUGAAAAUAAUCAGGAACCAGAGAAGACAACUCAAAGUCCAUCAAGAGGUGAUCAAAAUAUAUUUGCCUCUCUGACGGGGGACCUUAAUUCUGAGGUCAAUAGUGCAGGCCAACCAGAUGACAAAAUUGGAGGCACUGUUGAUUCUAAAGCAGUUUCUCAGGAAGAUAAUCAAAGUAAAACAAUAGAGGAAUCUGAAAGUGCUAUACAGAUGGAAAAUAGUGUGAAAAUAGUAAGUGAUGUCAAAACAAUUAAAGAAAGUGUAAGUGAUUCAAAAGCUGAACAUGAAAGUUCAGUACUGAACAAAGAUUCUGGAAGUGGUUUGGACAAAGCUGGUGAACAUCAUGAUAAGCAUAGAAGACAUUCUCAUGAACAUAAAAACUCCACUUCUAGUGACAGAAGAGGAAGCCAUUCUCACAGAAGGGAUUCCCACGGUCAUGAUCGAAGACACUCGCACGAUCGAGAUCGUAGGCCCUCUGGUACUUCCUCUCAUAGAGAAAAAGAUAAAGACAGACAUAGGGACAAACAGGGUCGAAAAGAGUCUGAAAGCAGGGAUAGGGAAUCGUCAUCAAAAAACGAGAAAGUGCUUAAGAGAGAAAAGUCAAAGGAAGAGGAGAAAAAGGAGGUUAGUGCUGUGUCUACUAAAUCUGGAGACAUGGCGAAGAAGGUUGUGAGUGGUAAAGUGAAAGGCAAGAAAUCCAAGAAGAAUGAUGAUUUGGCUAUUGAUUCAUCUAUGGUGGAUUUAUUUAAGCCUGAUAAUUUACCGGCAGUGGAGAAAGAAGUGACUGCUAAGAAGGAAGUGAAACCAGUUGAAAAAGUGCUUCAAAAGGUUAGAGAGACAAAAGUUAAGUUUCAAACUACUGAUGCUGAGAAGGGUAAGAGUGUUGUAAGUGUAGAAAGUUCGAAGUUAAAGGAUUCAAUUGGUGUGGAAGUCAUUAAUGUCAAAGAAUUAUCAGGUCAGAUACAGGGUGAAACAAUUAUUAGUGUUAAAAAAGCAGAUGAACAUGAAGAAAAGAGUGUUACAAAAGAAGGAGAACAAGUGAGUGAAAACAAAACUGCUGACAAUUUGAAAGUUGAGCAUGAAGCAAGUGCUAUUAAGACUGAGGAGCAAACAAUGGAGGUGGAUUCUGUUGGAGAUAUUAUGGUAGAUGUAGAAAAGAUGGAUGAAGUUUUUGAAUUACAAAGUGAAGUCAGCAGUACUUCAGAGUUGGCUGUUAAACAAGAAACAGUGACUGCAGAAAAGGCUGAGAGUAGAGAGUCCGAACAAAUGGAUACCAAAGCGGAAAAGCAAGUUGAUUCAGAUGAGAAAUUAACUAUGAAAAAAGAUGAAAAAGAUGUGGAAAUAGCAGAGGUUAAGAGGGAAGAAAAAAGUGUUCAACCCGAAAAGAGGGUGACAAAACCAUUAAAUAUGGCGGACUUCUUUACUGAAAGGCGGUUAAAAAUCAAUGAUCCAAAAGCUCCUAAGGCAGUUGCUAAGCAGAAGGAAGCUGUGGUGUCAGAGAGCGAGGCCUCCCCAAGUGGAAGGUCCAAGCGAAACAAGGCCAAGGGACUUGCAGAGAUCUUGAAGAAAGAAAAGCUAGGCAGUGAUGAUGAAGAGGAGGAGGAGGAGGAUUCUGAUGAUAGAGUUGAUGACGAUGAUGAAGACUUUGAGGAUCCGACACAGUUAUACUGCAUCUGUCGUCAGCCACAUAAUCAGAGGUUCAUGAUUUGCUGUGACAAGUGCGAGGAGUGGUUCCACGGGAAGUGUGUUGGCAUCACGCAGGCCCGCGGGGCUGAGAUGGCCAAAAACAACGAGGAAUAUGUUUGCCCGCAGUGCAUGGGCAAACCAGAAAUCGAAAAGGCGGAUGUAGGUAGUGCGGCUGACCAGGAAUCCUUUGAAAAGAUGGAAAUGGAGGCCGAGACAUCAGAUGUCUCAGAAGUGAAGCAGGGUUCGUUUACCACUCAAACAGACGGAACAGAAACCACCGACAAUGGAACAGUGAAAAUUCCACAGGUGCGAGUGAUAAAAAUGAAGAAAGUUGACAUAACUAAAGGGAAAUUAGAUCAACCUGUUAUUAAAGAUUCUACUCCAAAAGCGAAGAAAUCAGAAGGGAGUGGCACACCUAAGCUGGCAACAGAUGAGGAUCUGCAAGAGAAGAGGAAGAGGGUGAUUAAGAUGGUGAAAGAGGAGACUGAACAGAAGGACAAACCAAAGCAUGUUUCCAUAGAGACGUGUUUUGCGUGCCAGGUGAAGUCACCGCGGCGAGGCUCCCUAUACUGCAGCGAGGAGUGUCAGGAGACACAUGCAAAACACAACAUACCAGAGGGAAUCCUCAAGAAAAAGAAGAGCAAGAAGCCUGAGCGUCACAUUGCAGUGGUAGAGCGGGGAACGGGUAAGACUCUGACGGGAGAUAAAGCGCCGGCUGAGAGCGAACUCACCACGUGGCUGCAGGAUAACCCCACGUAUGAGGUGCUGAAAUCUCACAACCUUCCUGUCGCAAAGCCUUUAGUUACGCCAGAGAAAUCCAGUUCUAAGUCUUCAUCGGGGUCAAGCAAGAAGUCUUCUAAGUCAGAGCCAUCCAAGUCUGACAAGAGUGAGUCUGGACCUGAACCCAUCAGACUCAAUGUACGCAGCGGGCUCAGGGACGCCUUGGCUGCAAGGGCUGCGAAGGCAGAUGACGUUCUCCUAUCUAGCAGUGAGAUCAAAUCUCUCGCCCUGUCCAUCGAGGGCGAGCUGUUUAAGUGUUUCAAGGACACGGACUCAAAGUACAAGGCCAAGUACAGAAGUCUGGUCUUCAAUAUCAAGGACCCGAAAAAUAACGGUUUAUUCCGGAAGAUCCUGAAUCACCGUAUCCGGCCCAGCAAGCUGGUGCGCAUGUCAGCUGAUGAACUGGCGUCCAAGGAGCUGGCACAGUGGAGGGAGCAGGAAACCAAACAUACUCUAGAGAUGAUCAAGCAAGUGGAGACCUCCAACCUCAAGGAGCCUGUACACCUCACCAAGAAGACUCACAAGGGAGAAGUGGAAGUGGAGGAGGAGGAUGCUGACCUCUCUGCCCUCGCUGACGAGGUGAAGCCCGAGACAACGAAGGUUGAGUUGAAACCUGAGAGUGAAAACCUUCCGGACAGCACUGAUGAUCAUGGCAAGCACCUGUUUGAUGCUAGCUGCAAGAUCUGUACGGGAAAACUGGUCCUUGGACCGGAAACAACCCUGUCUAAAUCUCAGUCUGGGAAACCAGAGUCCUCCCCCAUCAAAGCUGUGACCACAGAAGCACCGGUAGAGAAAGAACUAACCAAGGCUGAGAAAGACUUACAGGCAGAAGAGGUUGUCAAGGAGGUCCUCAAGGCCAUUCAGAGGGCGAAGGAAGACGCCCGCAAAGAGGAGAUGGAAUCCAGGGUCACUGUCAGGUCCCCUGACUCGGCGUUAAGUUCUGGGCUGGACAAGAACACAAAGUUUACCCCCAUCGGUCCUUCACUCUGGAAGGGCUGCAUUUACAUGCAGGACGUGUCCAAGUUUGUCACCUCAGCGUACAGGGUUACUGGGCCAGUAAAUCAUUUGGCCCUGCCAGACACUAUCUGUCUGUGUGGCAGGAUAUCCCCGGAGCAUGUGUGGGACUACCUUAAUAAGAUGAAGCAGUCAGCAACCAGGGAUAUUUGCGUAGUACGUUUCAUCCCAGGCACGAACGAAGAGAAGGCAGCCUACAUCAACCUAUACUCAUACCUUAACAGUCGCAGUCGAUGUGGGGUGGUGGAGAACAAAGACCGCAUGAUCAAAGACUUCUAUAUCGUACCCCUGGCCUCUCACAGCAAGAUCCCCAGCGUACUGCUGCCGUUUGAUGGUCCAGGGCUGGAGGAGAACAGAUGUCAUAUGCUUCUUGGGGUGAUCAUACGGAACAAAGUCUCGCGACACGAAUCCUCUAGAAGUAAGACAUCAUCGACAUCAAAGUCGGGACAUCACAGUCAGCACCACAAGUCAGCUCUGAAGUCCGCGCUCAAGGAUCCUAUGGAGACCUCCUCAGAGAGCACGGAGAAAUCGUCGGCGUCAAGUUCGCCAAAGUCUUCAACGGGAAGCACUCCGCAGACGUCAGGCGAUAAGAAGAAAUCCAUUUCGUUUGACCCCAUUAUUAAGGAGUAUUCACACAUCACUGAUCCAGAAGAGAGUUACACCCCAGGCAGUGAUGACCCCAUGGACUUAAAUGCCCCUUACGAUCCUGAAAAAGAGGCACAUAAGGGGCCACGGGCCAAGAAAGACAAAUCAUCAGACGCUGUUACAAAGAUGAUCGAGAAAAUUGCUCAGAGCAAGAACCCUGCUGAAGCAACCGCAGCCAUGGUCGCAGCUUUAGCAACCACGACGAAAUUUGGUAAUCAGCGAAAACUCCUGCUGGAGUUGACGAAAAAGGUCGAUGAACAAAAGAAACUUUUAGAACAAAAACGAAUCUCUGCAAAGCUAGGCCAGUCUCCGACAGCUAGUGGGUCUAGUCCGGCUCAAGGUGUUGCACAAUCGCCGUCACAUGGCGCUGUCCCAGCGCCGAAUUCCGGGCUUACCUCGAAAGAUCCGAGAGUAAGAGCCCACGCGGCGCAGGCCCUAGCAGCUGCAUCAUCGGCAGCAGCGCCAACAGACGAUCUGGAAGCGAUGGAUAUCGAUCUCAGAGACCAUACACAGCGUUUGCCCCAGCCUAGUGCAGGGAUCUCAUCUGACAAUCUACUCGUCACUUCAGGUGCUUCGCAAGUGUCAUCAUCAAAAUUAACAACAUCGAUGCUAAAAGAGUCUGUGUCGUCGUUGUUGGCCUUGACUUCAGAUAUUACGGCUUCUUCAGAAACAAAAUCUUCGUCUUCCCUACAGUCAUCAGAUCUUGUUUUAAAAGAUUCAGUUAUUGAUACUGGUGACAAGAAGCAUGUUGUGGACAAAUCAUCCAUUGAUGCUAAGAUAGAAGAAGAAGAAGCCAACAUGAAGUACGAUAUUGUAAUAGCAUUACAGGCUGAAAUAAGUGGAAAAAAUGAACAACCAAUAGAUACUCUCAAGAAAGAGGUUAAAGACAGUAAAAGUCAAAGUGAGAAAUCAACAUCUAAGGAUGUUCCAAAUGUGACUUCAUUAUUCAAGAAUCUGGCAAGUUCUGAUUCUAGUGCUAAAUCUAGUAUUAAUUUACCAACAGCCCUGAUGUCCUUGUUUUCCAAACUACCCGGCUCUGUUGAAGAACCGGAUUCAAAUGCUUCUAAACUUGUAAUACCAGGGCUUGAAGAUUCCACCGAAUCAGCUGUUACGGUUCCUACGGAAACCGACACGGACCUAAGAAAUUCUGAAAAAAUAGAAAUUUCUGAGAGAAGACAAUCAAAGUCGUUCCUUGGCUUCGACUACGAUUCAGAUUCCUCGAGUGGAAGUUUUGAGGGAUUUGAUGACGACGGGACAAAGAAAUUGAGUCCAAGAAAACGACGACUUGUUCAGAAUACUUCAGAAAGUAUUGAGGUUCAUACGGACAAUGCUAAAAAAGCUGCUGAUGUUGAUCUUAGGAGUCAACCUGAAGUGGAAAGCACCAAAGACGAAGAUCUUCGAACCGAUCCAACUGAUAUAGAUCAUCGUCCAACGCUAUCAUUACCACCUGGGGUAUCGCAGGCGUUACAAUUCCAACCUUUCUUGGCACCGAACCAGCCCCCAUCCACUGGCGAAGAUUGGGCACCGUCACAUCCUAUGAUUGCACCGCCUAUUCGCUGUAAUGAAAGUGUCUCAGAGUUUAAAGGAAUUGUUCAUCCGCCUCCUGUGCCCUUUGAUCCGCCACCGUUACCUGCUGAGCCACCAAAACCUAAACCACCAGAACCGCCCGUGAAGAAGAAGAAAACUGGAGAGGAACGAAAUGUGGAUGAAAAUGAGGAAGAAGAGUAUAUGUCUCGAAAUAAGAAGAAAAAACUUAAGAAGAUGAAAAAGAAAAAAGGUGAACUUCUCCCUAGCGAUGAAAGAUUGAAUAAAAUUGUUUUAGAAAUCGCUAAAAAGAAGCCUAUGACUCCUCCGCCAGUACCCCCAGCAGGGACCCGAAUGCUUCCCGGUCCCUUUUCUAUGGCUUCUUCAAUGCAUGGUUCGCCGUCACCAGCUCUUUUGCCAACGCCACCCCCAGCCCUUUUGCCGACACCGCCAUUCUGUGGACCUCCCCCGAAUGUUUGGGGGUCGAACAUGGGGCCUACAGGUUGGACUACUGGGGCAAGUAUUGCGCCAGGUAUGCCCAAGCAGGCCCAUUUUCCGCCUGAUAUGCCUUCACACUUACCAUCCCCAGGCUUUCUGCUGGACCCAUCGCGUUUUGGUCCUGGACCCCCUAUGCCAGGUCACACCGGACCUCCGCCCGGAAUGCAGCACGGACCUUUGUCCGGGAAUCCUCCGUCGUUAUUGGAUCUCCCCCUUACGGCACCAAGGCCAUCGCUGAUGAAAACCAUGGGCCAAAUGCAGUCCACAAGUUCCAGCCUAGUGGCUUUCGAUUCAGACGAAAGCAAAGACAGUGUACCAACUCCAGCCAUGUCUUUUGACCUCGAACUGGUUCCAUCCAGUGAAACUCAGUUUGAAUUCGGACCAGCAUUGCCGGUAGCGUCAUCAUCGUCUUCAAUGCAAGCAAAUACGACCACUGUAUAUACCGAUUCGGCAGCCCCUCCCACUCCAGACAGUAACAGCCAUCAUCGACAUCACUCACACAGUCGGAGUCAUUCAGGAGACCGUAGUCAUCGUUCUCACUCGCGCGAUCGGGACAGAAGGGAGCGUGACGGUCGCAGGAGGGACAGACACGACUCGUAUGACAGGGAUCGUCACCGGAGCAGGUCACGUGAUCGGGGAUCCUCUGAUAGGCAUCACAGUGGGGCACAUGGGUGGUCACAUGAUCGACAAGGUCGGGAUCGCGGUGACAGACGACAUGGACAGGGAAGACAUUCAAGAAGAUAAUAAUCUCGAACUUUGAAGUCACAGAGAAAGUAUUGCACACUUUUUUAAUCAUACGAUGUUGACUCUUUGUUUCGCACCUAUUUAGGUAAUAUGGAUCGUCACAUGGUAUUGAUCAUUUCAUAAGACGACAUUAUCAUGUAAGACAUUUGAUCAUGUCAUAAGACGACAUCAUCAUGUAAGACAUUUGAGGACGUAGAAAGCACAUUGCAUAUACUCGUUUAUAGGGCAACAUCUCAGAUAACAUCGCAAUGUUAAUUAAAAAAUGUAGCCUAGGACAUUUUCUCCAAAGAAUUGUAUUAAGGUUUGUGCUUCAUUGGACGCUUAAUCGAAUCCAAGAAUUAGAAAUUUUAACCACAACUUUCCAUUGGAAAAUGUGAAUUCAUACCCUGGUUAUAUAGACAAUAAAUUGUUCAGUUUGAAUAAUGUAUGGAGUAAAAACAACAGAAAAUGAUGUUUUUGAUAUAGGGUUCUUUUAAUAUAAAGGUUUAAUGGAUAUAAUGUUAUAUUUACUUGUAAAUACUGUAUUGUUGUGAACUUGUUUAUUCAUUGAUUUGUUAUUGAAAGAUAUGGUGUGUUAAUAUUGGUUAGACCACAAUUUUGGGGUAACUAUCGUGUUUAAUACACUUUGCGGUUUUAACGAUCACUUUUACUGUUUUUUUAAAUGCAAAACAAACUGUUAUAACGUUUUAUGUUGUAUAUACUGUAGAGUUUAUUUAGAAAAUUGCAUUUUUUUGCCACUUUCAAGUAUUAAAUGUUUCAUUUGAAAUAGAAAAAAAAUGUUGUUGAUGUUAACUUAGAAUUCAGUCAUUGUUUUAUUUACAUUCAAACUCGUGUUACAGAAGUCGACAGAGACAGGCAACAUACGAAACUGAACUCAAAUGAAUACUUAAAAUAUUUUCAUUUCUUUCAACGAUAUCACAAUUGUUUUUUAAAUUAUGCACUGAAUCUAAUGCACUAACUACAAAAAUGUCUCUGUCCCAGGAAGUUGAAGGCUUUUAGCAUUGCUUUUGUUCUUCUCUUAGUACGUCACAAGGCUUUUAAUCCCUUUAUAACUUAAAUAUGGAACUUCAGUGUGGAUUUCACUCAAACAUCCUUAAUGUGUAGAUUAUUGUAAAGAAAGGAAUAAGUCUUCUGACGAGUUUUGGAAUAACUAUGGCCCCGUUUUAGUCCCAUACUGAAAUUUGUUUUUCAACUCGUUUAUAAUUAUUAGUUGGAUAUCACUCAAACUGUCGCAGUGUGAUCAUUGGAAAAAGAGAUAUGCCUGCAAUGCGUUGAGGUAGAACUAUGACCCUUUGUUUGUGUUUCAACUAUACCAUACAUAGUCCAACAUGUUUUGUUGUCAAAUCCUUAAACUACUGGAUGGAUUAGUCUCAGAUUGUCUCAGCCUUAAUGUGUUUGAUGAUCAGUUUUGGCUAAAGUGCUUCUCUUGUCCUCGUGUCCACUGUACAUUUAUAUAUCAGAUGUGUAUGUGUCGUUGGGGCAUCCAUGUCUGUGACACAUUCUGGAAAACAAUAUUGAACAUGCGGCUGUAUACAUAUUUUCAUUUAUGCAAACCAUUAGUAUACAGUUUUGUAUUUGUUGUUUGCGAAUUAAUUUUAGGUUCUUAUCGAAUUGUUUUGAACAUUUGUGUAUCAUAACCAAUUGUGUGAUUUCAACAAUGCAUGUUUUUUGUAGCCGCUUUUGUGUUUUAAAUAAUUGUUGUUGAUGCUAUGCUAAAGUCAGUAAGCUGUUACUGACUGUUAGACCAAAAAUUAACAUUAAUCUUUUGGAUAUUAUUCGCUUUUUGGAAAAUUGCAUACUGCUCGCAUGGGCUCUGAUAGUACAGUGAAGAUACGAUUUUGGAAUGACGUACAGUGUUUUUAGUGAUUUUUAGUAGUUUUUAAAUAUGGGUCGUGCUCUGUGAAAAGGGGGUUUAAUGCAUGUGCGUAAAGUGUUGUCCCAGAUUAGCCUGUGAAUUCCGCACAGACAUCAGUAACGACACUUUCAACCUUAACUGGAUUUUUGCUUAGAAAAUACUUUCUUUAAUCAGAAAAUAUCAUAAAAGCGGAUACAAAACAAAGGCUAUGGACCGUGUGUGUUAACACCACAGUAGCUUCUAAGAACAAUCUACAGUGUUUUAAUAUCCGAUGGGUUAAUGUCUUAGAACCUUGUCUGACAGUAAGAAAUAAAAUACUGCACACUUUA